UCCCUCUUUUCAGCCUGCUCCCUCCCACUUACCCCUCCCCCAUUCCCUCCGGUCCUUAUGGGGGGGGCUUUGAAGCACAGCCCCCCACCCCCAUGGCCACCCGUAGGAGCCAGAGGCGGAAAGGGAGAAGGGGGGAGCUGGGCACCGCCCUGCUACCCACCCUGGUCCUGGCCCUGGGCCUCUCUCUUGCCUGUCUCGGCCUUUUGCUAGUGGUUAUCAGCUUGGGGACCCAGGCAUCCCCAUUUUCCCAGGUCCCAGCCCAGCAAGAGAUGGUGGAGGAGGCUGAGGCUGUGGUGCAAAUGAUUCCCCAAAGCCAGAAUCUAGUUCCUGCCCUGAAGAGGGGAGCACGACUACCCCGAGCUGUGAAGAGUCAAAGAGCUCGGGCUCGAAAAGUGAAUGCAGCCCACUAUGAAGUUCGUGCAAAAGCAGGGGUGGAUAGAGCUCAGGCUGGUGAGGAUGGGACUGUGAGUGGCUGGGAGGAGGCUAAGAUCAACAGCACCAAUCCACUGAGUUAUGAUGCCAAGAGUGCAGAAUUUACGGUUACCAGAGCUGGCCUUUACUACCUGUAUUGUCAGGUGCACUUUGAUGAGGGAAAGGCUGUAUACCUGAAGCUGGACUUGCUUGUGGAUGGUUCCUUGGCUCUGCGCUGCCUGGAAGAGUUCUCAGCCACAGCAGCCAGUUCCCCAGGCACCCAACUCAGGCUCUGCCAAGUGUCAGGGCUACUGCCCCUACGACCAGGAGUUUCCCUGAAGAUCCGAACUCUUCCCUGCGCACACCUCAAGGCUGCUCCCUUUCUUACUUAUUUUGGACUCUUCCAAGUGUAGUGAUGAUCCUUGACCCCAAGACUUCUUUCCUAGACUUCAGGCAAAGCUCUAUCCAUCCCUCUUCUCACUCCUUCCCAUAAUAAUGUUGUUCCUCCCUUUUAGCAGGCCCUGCAACUUUGUCUUACGCUCCCCCAAUUCCUGAUAGCACUGCUCCUUCUAACCCUAACUUCUUAUAUUUCAGCUCCUCCCUUCUCUAGGCUAUCAUGAAUUAAUUUGCUCUUAUCCCCUUAUAAGUAUAAGUAUUCCCAUUGUUGUCCCCAAAGCCCUCCCAACAUUUGAUCUCUCCUGGCUUUUCUCUCUGUGACUAUGCUUCCCUAUUUCCAUGACCAAACCUUCCUUUCCAUUCCCCUACUGCUCAGUUCUAGUCUUCAGUUUCCCACCUAACUCUAACUGCACCCCAACCCCUAUCUCAUACUCCUACUGCUCAGUUCCGGUCCUGGAUCCCUCAAACUUUUACCCUGCUUGACCUUCCUUGCUGGAAAAAAAAAAGUGCUUGGUAAAGCUUAAAUGCCUGGAUAAAGGGCCUUGGAAGUACCUACUUCUCCACACGGGGUACUGGACCUGAAAAGCAGAAGACUGAGGGGGGAGGGAAAGCUAAGGAGAAUUGUGGGGAGGUAGGGUGGGUUCCAAAAUUGAGGAGUAGAAGAUAAAGAUUAUUCUCUUCCCUGCUAAAAUUCCUGUGGAUUUAAAAAAAAAAGCUAUUAUUAUUAUUAUUAUUGAAAUGAAUUGUUGGCAAUGGCUAUUAAAAAGGUACAGUGA